AUGCAGACGACGCCGUCGUCGACGAGCGACGCCACGUCAGCGGCCGCACAAGCCACGUCCUCGCCGUCGAGGCCAGCGCGACAGACGCACCGUCGCAAGCGAGCCGCCUUCAAUUGCUCCAACUGCCGGUUGAGAAAGGUCAAGUGCGACCGACAGCGCCCGGUCUGUGGGCAGUGUCUGAGGAGAGACGAGAGCGAUACUUGCCAGAGCGGCCAGGAUCGCGCAGCACCGGCCGGCCUGCAGCAUGACGGUGGCAGCAGCAUCAGCAGCAAUGGACACGGACUGAUUGCAACGGUGCUCGACGAGUUGCGCCGGGUCAAUUCCCGUCUGGCGGCUCUGGAGUCUAGUAGCAACAGGUCCCUGGAUCUGUCGUCGCCGCCGUCGCUUACCACUUCGUCUUCGCGGUCUCUGCCUGUGUUCAGUCCGCCAGCACCGGCACCAGUACCAUCGUUGAGAGCGGCGUCGAACCGGCAUCAGGAGGCUGCCGAGGCGCUGGAAGACUUUGGUCUGGGUGGAGAAGCGCUUUUCGAGUCUGCCGCCCAUCCCGCCGAUGGGUGGCGCGAGUGGAUGAUGUUCCAAGGCGUCGAGGAGGGGUUGAAUAGCGCGCCCGCUACACCUGCUGCGACGCCCACUUCGAUCGCAGACGUCCUCGAGAGGCUGCCGCCGAAGCAUAUCGCCAUGCAGCUCGUCACGCUGUACCGCAUCCGCGUGUACUUUCUCGUCGGACAUGUCGUCCACCUGCCUACGCUCCGGCGCAAGAUCGAGGCGCUGUAUGUGAAGGUGGCCACAUCGCAGCCGCAGCCGGCAGAAACCGGUUUUCUUGCCUUGCUGUUUGCACUCUUCUCCCUCACUCUCACCCUGCUUCCCCGGCACCAGGACGAGGAGCUGUGGCCGGACGUCCAGGCGUACGCCAACGCCGCCACCGUCGCAGAGUGGCAUCGCACCGCCCUCUGCUGCCUCGAUGCUGCCCUGUCGAGGAGGCCUGCCGCUUCUGCCUUCUCUUUAUCCUUCACCGGGGACGACUCCAACCUCAUAGCCGUGCCCCGUGGCCUGGACCGGUGGGCACUGCGGGCGAUUGUGCUCCUCGAUCAGAGCGAGGCCGAUGCAGACGUCCGUCUUGCGCGCCUCCGCGCCGCCCUGACAUCGGCCACGCAGGCUCGGCUGGGCGUGGCACCAGCCGCUUCCCCGCUCGAGCUCGAGAUGGACCGCCGGCUCUGGUGGGCCCUCGUCGUCAAAGACUGGUCCGGCGGGAUGGCACCCUGCGCAUACAUGGUCCAUCCCGCCCUGUUUGACGUGCCUCUACCCAAGGAUUGCAACGACGAGGAUCUGGAGCAAGGCGGGGAUCCCCGGCCCACUGGGAUGCACACCGAGGCGUCGUUUCCCAUCGCCAUGGCGCGUCUGGCGUGGGUCAUGCGCGAACACGCCGACCGGUACCACCGCGUCGAUCGCCUCGCCCUCGACCGCAGCCCGGGCCUCUCGCUCGAGGACACAGCGGUGCUCGAGAGAGAGUACCGCGACUUUCUCGCUCGGAUGCCUGACUUUUACAAGGAGGCGCCCCACCAUGGGGAGGCGACCAUCCGGGGCAGCCCCGUCCUGACUCAGGCCUGGCUGCUCAUACAAGCCGUCCUGCAUCGGCUCCUGCAGCUCAACAGAGCCAAGAUCGGCGGCUACGCCUCGGCGCGCCAGCUGUGCGUCGAUCUGGCCGUCGACAUCCUGACGCUGCAGAGGCGCAUCCGCCGGCGGUGCUCCGUUGUCGACGUUCUCUGGCUCAAUCUCGCCCAGAGCUUCUCUGCAGCUCUGAUCCUGUGCCUCGACAUGAUCAAUGCCAACCUGUGCCGCAGCACUAGCAGCGUCAGUGGGCGCGACCGCGAGACGCUGCUCCAGCUCGUCGAAGAGGCCCUGGCCGCCUCGCGCUUUGUCGUCGCCGUCCACGGUCGGAUGGCCGUGCGUAUGCGUCGGGUCCUCGGCGUCCUCGUUGCCGAAGAGCAGCGUACGUUUGCGCGCACGGCGCCCUGCUCGCCCGCCGAGGCCGAAGACGCGAUGCGGACGAUUGCGGCAAAGGCCAUUGCAGAGGUGCGCGCCCAGCCGUCGCGCACAGUCGCCAGUCGCGCCGACGAGCGACCGCUGUACGGCCGCAUGGACGCAGGCGCCGUCGAUCCAAACGGGGUCUCGCUCCCCGCGGCCGCUCCCUCGGCGGCCCUGCCCGCCGAGCUCUCCUUUGCGCUCCAUCACCACCUCGAGGGCGUGAAUGGCAGCCCAGACGAGGAGCAAGCGAACCCUGCGAUGCCCAUCAUGGACGAGUUCUGGAGCUGGCUUCUCUCUCAGAAUCUCUUUGAGUCUACGCCCCCGCCACCGGCUCAGUAG